CUACUACAGGGGUAACAUUGGCUGCGAACACAUACUACUAGCUCAACGACCACUGCGUCACUUCCGGGAGUUUAAAGCUCUAAAACUUCUAAUUGAUAAACUACGUGAUUCAUACCUAUCAUAGACUGAGAAAAAGUCCAGUUAACCAAUACAACGUGCUUGCUGUGCAGAAUUAUACUGAUAUUUAGUUUAAAUUAAUUCAAGUAUACAUUUAUUACAUUCGUUGGUGUCCAGAAGAUAUUACAACUUGUUGUGCAAUACAUCGACAAGGUUAACGUUUUACAAUUUUUAUUUUUAAUGAAAUGGGAUAAAUUUUAUAAGUGCACAAAUAUUGUGAUAAGGUUAAAUAACCUUAGUACCUCAAGCAAGAUAAGAUAUUACAGAAUUUUUAUUUUUGUUAUUGCAAUUAUAACUAUUCGAAAGAGUAAUAGUAUUAUUUCCAUAACCAACCUCAUGGCCUGCCAAAAAUUAAUAAAUCAAAUUUUUUAAUGUGGUGUACGAUAAUAUAAAAAUAGAAAAUUCGAAAGAUAUUUCCGUACAGUAAAUAAUGUCGUAUAUAAUUGAUUAUCCUGAAUGUUUAACGUAUAUCGAGCUCUAAACUUUAUCUUAAUUAUAAAUAACAAAUCUAUGGAACUUUACGUAAAAAUGCAGCAGUUUUCAUGACGAAUCUUAAAAAAUAAAUCUCGUUGCUGUGAUGCAUUAUCGAAACAUUGAUUCUACUAAUUUAUUACAACUAUUAUACGGAAAAGAGGCUAAUUUUGUAAACUAUUAAACAAAUAAAACGUCCAUAAACUAAUUUUAACAAUAUUUUCAAGUUUCGUAUUAACCUUUAAACUACGGCAGUCUCAUGUCAUAAAAUGAAUAAAAUAUAACAAACGCCUACAAAAGAAUUUCUCAAGUUGGUUUUUCAUUUGUUGUAUGAUUCCAAAGCAGUGCCGUGAAGUUGCAUGCGUAUCAAAGGACAAAAAAGAAGAAGACGCCAUUUCCGGAAUUCAAAAUGGAACUUUUCCAAUAUAAAGUGCAUAUUGUAUAAAAUAAAUGAGAAAAACAAUAGAAAAGUUAAUUUGAAGUAUUUAUGAAAAAGUAGCUUCAUAUUACAAAGAGAGACAUUUAUUCAAUGUGCGGUUAUGUUCCACUGUGACAAAGUUGAACAAGUAUGAACUUGGAGUGGUUUUCGAUUAGCGUAGUGACGUGAAGUUUUCAACGUGUUGCUGUUUGUGCAUUCUGUGCUCGCCGCUAGCCGUGUUGACUACUGUGAAGUGCGCAUCGUUAGUACCGAGUUGUGUGUACAUAUAAAUGGCGGCUGACGAAAAAUGGUACUUUACGAAAGAACAGCUAAUAAAUACGCCGAGCAGAAGAUGCGGCAUCGACGCGGAUAAGGAACUGAGCUACAGGCAGCAGGCAGCGAAUUUCAUUCAGGAUAUGGGACAGCGGCUUGUGGUGUCACAAUUAUGUAUCAACACAGCAAUAGUGUAUAUGCACAGAUUUUAUGUAUUCCACUCGCUGUCACAUUUCCACAGGAAUGCAAUUGCAGCAGCAGCACUAUUUUUAGCAGCAAAAGUAGAAGAACAACCACGCAAGUUGGAACAUGUUAUCAAAAUGGCACACAUGUGUCUCCACAGAGAUCAGCCCCCACCUGAUGUCAGGUCUGAGCAAUACCUUGAGCAAGCUCAAGAUCUGGUGUUCAAUGAAAAUGUUCUACUACAAACAUUGGGGUUUGAUGUCGCCAUUGAUCAUCCCCACACACAUGUUGUUAGAUGUUGUCAACUGGUUAAAGCGAGCAAGGACUUAGCCCAGACUUCAUACUUCAUGGCAUCUAACAGUUUACAUUUAACAACCAUGUGUCUGCAGUACAAGCCAACGGUAGUUGCCUGCUUUUGCAUUCAUCUUGCAUGUAAAUGGUCUAAUUGGGAGAUACCACAAAGUACGGAAGGGAAGCACUGGUUUUGGUACGUCGACAGAAGUGUGACAUCCGAACUAUUACAAGAGCUUACAGCAGAAUUCCUCCAUAUAUUUGAUAAGUGCCCGUCAAGAUUGAAAAGAAAAAUAAUGAGCAUAUCUGCUAAUCAAAGUCCAAGCAUUAAUCAUCCUAGUUUACCGAACUCACCCUUUGAUGCGGAACCUCGCAAGGUACAAUCUCCUGCGACGACGGCCGAUGGUGGACCUACAUUCCACACAAAUCGACCUCAUCAGGCGGAGAAACAAGAAGAAAAGAAACAGAAUGCUCCCGUACCUGCGAGACCUCCUGUAGAUUAUCGGGAAUAUCGAGAAAAGAAAGAACGCGAGCGUUUGGAAAGAGAGAAGGCAUCAGUUCCAACAUCAGUUGCGCAAAGUCAUGUAUCGGAUAUUAAUAAGCAUCAUUCUCAUCACCAUAAACCUGUAUCUAGUACAAAUGUGCUGAACAAACAUCCGUUGCCUCUUGGACAAAAGGCACUUCAUCACAAUCAUCAUCAUAGACCAGAUAUAAAAGUUGGACAACCGGUACCUCAGAGGCACUCGAGUAGUACUCAAGCUAGGGAACCAAAUCGCGAUCCCAAUAGGCAGAGGUUACAAAGAGAGUACAAUUCGAACACUGGUAUAAGUAGCAGUAGUUGUAGUAGUGGUAGUGCUCUCCAUUCUCACAGUCACGUUGUAUCGAAAGAACCAACUUUGGAUAAUUCUAUAACCGAUUCCGUUACUCACAGAUCGGAUGUUGGAUCAUUACAAGAACCAACAUCUCAUGGGAAUAUACAGGAGAAACUUAGUAAUAAUAAUCAUAGUCUGCACAGAUUAAGUGGAGUAGAAAGUAAACAUCAGGGUCAUGAUAAAAGAAUGUAUGAUCCAAGGCAUAAACCAGUAGAACAUAGGAAAGAUAGUGAACAAAAGCCAUAUAAAUAUCCAGACCCAACUAGAGUCGAACGACAAAGAAAGUCUGAUACAUUGGAGCAAAGGUGUGAAGAGGUUAGGAAGCUCAUUGAGAAGUCAAUACUUCCACCUAAACCGACGCUUGACGUACCAUAUAGUUCAAAUACACAGAAACCGUCGUCACAUCAUAUUAAAUACAAUCAGUCAGAAAAGUUACAAGUUAGUGCUGGUGCAGUGCCGACUGAUGUGAAGCUUAGUACUAGCCAGAGUUCAUUUGCGCAAGAUAAGUCUCCGAGUAGCUCCGUUUCAUUGCUUAGUCAAAAAUCAUUAUCUUCGAAGACAAUAUCCAGUCAACAUACAGCUCAUGGUGUAUCACAGAUAUUAAAGGACACGAUUAAAAAUAGUAAUUCUCAGUCGUCGAGUUUAUCAUCGUUGAAUAAUCUUGAUGACCCAAAAACUGAAAAACGACCACGGCAUGAUGACACAGACAAAAGUUCGUCCGAUAUCCAACAAAGUGUGUUACAAACCCCCCCUGGCAAGCCAAAAUCGCUAUUCAGUCCAGAGAAAGUACCAACGCCUCGGGAAUCUCAUUCACAGAGGCUUAAGACUAAACAAAAGACGCCGCCUUUGGCUGUAAAAGUUCCUAAACAAGAACGCGUACCAGACACAUCAAUAGGCUUUAAUUUAGUAUCACCUUUUGCAAGCCCACCAGGUUUGCAACAGCAAGAAACGCAAUCGGUUAAACGAUCGGCUAACGAUGUUUCUGCAACGUCCCAUAAAAGGCAUCGUACGUGUAGCACUAGCGAAAGUGGACAGCAAGUGAAAAUAAAAAUGGAUGAUACGACGUCCAGUUUCGAGGCAGUUAAGAUGCUUGGUAGAGUACCAGAACUGAUACAACCUAUUAGAGACAAUCCAUCGGCGAAUGGUAGAGCCACUCAAAUCGCGAAUGAUAUGAAACCACCAGAGCUCAUUAAACCUUUUGAUUCUGAACCAACGAUAUCACGUUUUAGCACAAUACCUACACAGCAACAGAUAUCAAAUCAGCAGGGUUUGACGAAUGGACUGGAUACUAACCUAGUGAAGCAAGAGCCUCAAGAAUUCCAAAUUAAAAAGGAAACCUAUAAAACAGAUAUACCAAUAAAGGCUGAACAUCAGAUUAAAGGAGAAUAUUUAUCUCCAAUGAAAUCUGCUCAAAGUAUAAGUGCUCUGCUUCAGGAACCUUUAGCACCCAUGCCAUCGUUAUUACAAAAUAUGCAACAAUUUAGUCAAAUACCACCUCAACAGCAAGUUCAUCAGGAACAAUUUCAACAACAGCAGUUGCAACAGCAGCAACUUCAACAUGAACAACCACUACAACCUCAACAUCAACCAUCGAUAUCUCAUUCGAUGUUGCUCGUACAGCAGGAACCCGUUCAAAGUCAGUGUCUGCCUCUAUCAUCGGUUACCGAACCAAUGAUAGCUUCGACCGUAGAUAUAAGUGCUCUCUCUGGCCCUGUACAAACAAAUACAGAAUCCAUUCUUUCUAUACCAACAUCGACGACCAUAACCGUCGCACCCCCUGUAGAAGAGAAGAGAUCGGAGCAUCACAAGAGCGAAAAAAAGAAGAAGAAGGAGAAGCAUAAGCAUAAAGACAAGGAGAAGAGUAAAGAGAAGCACAAACACAAGCAUAAAGACAAGGACAAAGAAAAGCAUCGAGAGAAGGAAAAAGAAAAAGGAGAAGAGACUGUGCCUGCGGUACCUAUCAAAAUCACAAUUCCUAAAGACAAAUUAAAUCUGAGCACAGAAUCGACAGGAAGCACCGGUGCGAGUACAGUGCCAACUGACAAGAACAAGUCGCCUCAAAACACUAGUAUCAAAAUCAUUAUUCCUAAGGAACGGCUGAAGGGUACGGACAGUGUAUCUAGUUCACCGGGUCAGUCCGUAGUUCAGGCUCCGUUAAAGAUUAAAAUCCGAACGGAUGGAAUCUCGAGGAGUUCCGGCGCGCCCUCGACGACGGGUAGUUCGAGCAGCAUCGUUCCAGAGUUCACGAACGAAAGUCGAAAGCGCGAUCGUUCUGAAAUGAAGGAGAGUCCAACGACUAGUGUUCCACCAACGAAGAAGCAAUCGCAGGUCUCCUCAGCGGGUUACGGGCAACACCGACUAGGCGAACGGCAGAACGGCAGACACUAUAAUUCAGGCAGCAAUAACAAGGUACGUGGAGGCGGUAGAGGCGGCCGCCAGUAUAUCGGGCGUGGUCCACCACCAGCAGGAUCGGCGGGCCAUUACAGUGCUCCCGGCCAGCGCGACGGCUACUAUCAGCAAGACACCUACAAUAGUAACAAUGCCCGUAAUCCACAUCAUCCUCAUCCAUCCUCAGCUCGUGGUGAUCCAGGCUACUCGAGGGCUGGCCACGUAAAUCAGACCCAACAAGAUUCUUAUUUUUUUGCUAAUUACCCGCCACCCUCGAUGUUCAACCCUGCCGGAUACAUUUACGAUCCUGUCAUGUACUAUUCGCAAUAUCAACAGCAGUACCCGAUGUAUCCGGCGGGUAACGUCAUUAUGACACCAGACGGUGCUAUCGAUACGUCUGUACCGCCACCAUCCUUACCACCGAAUAUGCGACAAAAUCAAAGCAUGAUGCCAGUUCCGUCUGCUCGGCAGGAACCCAAGACACCACCACCGUUACCGAGCGGACCACCUCCUAGUUCCUCACCACCACCACCUCCACCACCGGAAUAACAUUCGUACGGAAAUCCUGUCUUGUAGUGGACUUUAAAGGUAGCUUCCAAAGUAGCGGUAGUAACUGCAGCCACUUCUUGCUCCAUUUUCUUUUAUAUUAAAUGAUUGACGGACUGGGAAUCGUGGUAGUAUAAGUUCAAAUUUUGAAAAUUUAGAUUUAGUCAUAGGUGCUUCAACUCCGAAAAGCAUUAUCCUAUCACGCAUCAUAAAAAUUUCAUAAUUCAUUGUCUUUUUAUAUUAAUAAACACAGAACGAUAUUUUAUGAAAAAUACUAGUGGAGUGAUUUAUAUCACUACGAUUCUCAGCCCUCCAAUUGUCUUCUUUCUAUUCAUUAUGUUACUUGAUUUUUUAAAUACGUUCAAUUUUCUCAUGAGAUAUUUUAGAAUUCAUUUUGCUAUACUCAACAUUCAUUGAAUAUUCCAUUGAUUGCGUAUCAUCAUUGAAUAUCUUUGUGUAAAUGAUAUACAAUAUCAAUUGAAGUAUCUUUGUAUAAAAGAUACAAUAAUAUCGUGUCAUAAAAAGGUUUUGAAAGAAAAAAUAAUGAAUGUUAUUUAUUUUAUAAGAGAAGGCAGUUUGGAGUUUUAGGGGCUAAAUAAUAGGAUGGAAAACGAGGAAAAGAAGUGGCUGGAGAUUCCCGUAGAAUGAAUUUUCGAUCUUGAAGGAAUACACUUUCACCUUGCCUCUAUCCUCUCUGUUCCCUUCCAGUUUGUGAAUGGUAGAAGUAGCAGCAUGUCAAACGAUCUCUAUUCCCCUAGUGUUAAAAUUUAUCAUUUCGAUCUUUCCAUCUUUGUACCUGUAGCGCAGCUCCUUAGAGUAGUUAAAUGAGUAUGAGCCUUCAUUGAGGAGUAAAAACGAACAGUCAAAAGUCUUGUGAGGUCCACGCGACCUAGGGAGGAUGAAGUAACUGCAUCAUGAAGACGACGAUGUCGCGAAUUGAUGUGCUAUAUGUAGAAAGGAAAUGAAAAUAUCAGAUCAUUUUACUCAAGAACACUGAAGAAGUUCUUCAAUUACUUUUUUGUCAAAUCAAUUAAGAAUUAUUUGAUUAUGAGAUGUUUUCAAGGUAGAUCCUUGAAUCUAAGAAAAGAGAAUAUUUCACGACGAUCAUUUUCUUUAUUGUAUAUAUUCUAAAUUAUAUAUAGUAAUUAUAUAUUAUGGAAGAUACAAUUCUCAGAAGUAAUAGUAAUCUUUUGUUUCGCGUUAAAAUUGUUUUUUUUUUGUCGAAAAAGGAAGAUAGAGGCAAGGGGAAAAAGAAAUAUAGUAUUUAGGACAGCAAUCACAGGCUAGUAUGAUACACAUAGUUGGAGAGUUUACGAAUAGAGUAGUUCAAUAUUGUCGAAAAGGUUGUCGUGAAUAUUAAUGUACGAAACACUGCCAGAUCAGAAUUCGGAAAGUAACUAUGUUUUGCGCUAAUGGUCAAAUGUCGAUAGAUAGAGAAUGCUAAAAAAAAAUCUAGAAAAAAGGAGAGUAACCUCUUUCAGCCUUAUUUCUUUUUCUUAUUGUGUAUGUAUCAUAUUAGCUAUAACCAAUUAGUAAAUUUUUUGCGAAGGUACUCGAUCGAAUAAAGUUCAAGGUAGUUGAAAAAAAAAACAAUUCCUUUCUAGCAAAGGAUUUCGGAGAAAGGGUGGUGUGCAGAGUGUUGCGUUCAUAUGAAAUCAAAUCUUUGCAUAAACGGGUAAUAUGGCUAGAACAACUUACGAAGUUACUUAAAAACUAUAAAAAAUUUAAUAAAUUACAAAUAAAAAUAAAAAAAAUUACAAAGAAGAAAUACGAAAAGGAAAAAAGAAUUAAUGUAUAAUUGUAUGCAGUGAAGUGAUUGAGAGUGAUUAGAAAAAAAUAAAUGUAUUAUUAAUACGAAUUUAAAAGUGUAUGUAUUUGUAAAGGUACAUAUAAUUUUGUUGAAACUAACAUGUGUAUUACAUCGUCGUUGUUUUUAUACGCGGAUAAAAUAAUAUUAACAAAGAUUCUUUCCGACUAACCCUUUGCAGUCCGACUUAUCUUUUUGUCGUUUCGUGUCAGCCGAAGCUAAUAUUUGCUAAGCUUUCUGUGCGAUACUUUCAAUACUAUCCUUUUCUUAUUCUAGCAUUGAACUCUCCACCGAACAUUUUAUAUGUAUAUGAUUUAAAACAUAUCCAGAAGAACGAAUACAAUGCACCACGAUAUUAUAAUUAUUAUAGCACAUUUAUUGUUCGAUUAUUGUAGGAUUCGAAAGGAACGCAAAGGGUUAUUAUUGCGUUGUUCUGCGUGCAAUAGGAAGUUGCAUUAAUUCUGAUAGUAUGAAAAGAAAAAUAAUUCUAUAAUUACGAAAGUUGGAACAAUAGCUCAAAAAAGAUGCGACUUCUGUAUAUGACUGUCGUUUGUUAAUGUGCGGCAUAGAGUGUUAAGCAAGAAUUGUGAAAUAUAAUUAUGAUUAUAAUAGAUGCGAUAUGAAGUAAUGGACUUCGUAGAAUUUGCUCUCAUUGUUAAUACAGGAUAAUUAUAGAUUUGUUAAUAUCGCGAUUUCUUUUUUCAUUUAUCUCUCGUAUACGAAUUAGAAUACGCGGCCAUCAUUGAAGUCUGGUCAGAAAAUCGCGAUUGAUAAUUUGGUUAAGGUCUGAUUUAGACGAGUUGUGCAUUAUUAUUGAUAUUUGCUGAGAAGAGCUGCUAUUCGACAACUUUUAUAUUUUUGAUGAUGGAGUGUUGAUUAAAUCGUAAUAUCGCUAUUUGAAAUGUUAUUUCUAAGGCUAGAAAGUUUUCUCACAAUUUUUAAGGAAAUUCGGACGCUAUAUUGUCUGUGUUCUUUAGAAUCAUUUCUUAAUUUAUAUUUAACUUUGAUGCAGAUUGUAGAAUCAUUUUUUUGUAAAUUAUAGAAAAUUAAAUUCUGCUAUUUUUUUUUCUUAUUAUUUUUUUGCUUGAGGAAUUUUACAAUUUCUAUAUCUUUAACUCAUUUUUGCAUGUAGGAUGACUUCUUAAUUUGAUCAUGUUACAUGUUACCUAUUCUGUCGAAUUACUCAGCGUUACUGACGCAAAAUCACAAUUCGUCUAUAUCGAAUCUUAAAAAAUCAGAACAACGAUGUAACGAUGAUUCUUUAACCGCGUGUAGUUUCCUAUUAAAAACCGAUGAGCACAUCCUCACGUUGUUUGCUCGUUUCUUACACAUCAAUGGUAUUUCCAAUCAGAUAUUCACGAAUGUAUAAAGAGAGUCUUUUUACUAAUGUUUAUAUAGUUGAGAGGAUGGCAUGCUUAUGAGGAUUAAUGAGAUGGAAACAUGCGACGGGAUAAAGAUAUUAUUUAGCUUUUCAGUUUUUUAGAUAUCGAUGAAGAGACGAUCAGAUUUGUUCAUAUUAAGUUCUCUGAAUCUGAAGAGAGAAUUCUUUCUUCAGAGUUUAAGCAUUACCGAAACAAAAUGGUCCAUCUAUUUAUGCGACUACUUAAGAACUUUCCUACCUAAGAUUUUAUUUUUUACGUUCUCUUGUACAAUGAUUUCAGCUUUGAUCACUGAGCGUCUUUAAGUGUAUAUGUAGAUUGUUUUUAUAUUUAUUUGUAAUAAUCGUGGGCGCGCGUAGACCUUUUUUCUCAUUUUUUCUCUCUCACUCAAUUCUUAACAAUGUAUGAGUCGCAUGUUGGACAAUAUAUAUGUAUAUUAUAUGUAUGUAUAAUAUAUAUAUUAUAUAUGUAUAUUAUAUAUGUGUAUAAUAUAUAUCAUAUAUGUAUAUUACAUAUAUGUAUAGUAUAAAUAAUAUAUAUAUAUUAUAUAUGUAUAUAUGUAAGCAAAAGAUUAAAUAUAGAAUGGAUAUUAUCUCAGGAACGUGAACGAACGAGAGAUAGUGUGAUUAAUAUAUUUAAAAAAGAUAUAUAUUAUCUAUUAAGAAUGCGUUUGUAUUUACAUAAAAUAUACACACGCGUACACACGUGUGUUGUGCAGCCAUUGUGACAAACAAAAAUUUAUUGAACCGCUAAGCGCUGUGGUACCAAUUCAUGUUCUUGUUGUUAUUGUUAUUAUUAUUGUCACAAUUAGGACCUAGUAUUUUGAAUAUAGAUCAUUACAUGUGUACUGUGUGAUUGCUAUGAUCGUUGCCACUUUUUGGACUUCUCAGUGCAAAAUUCUGUAGUUUGUUUUACAUCUUACCUUUUUAGCGAGACCAGAAUGUCUUGUAUUUAAAAAACGAAAGAAAAAGAAUGUUUAGUUGUAGUUUAAAAGAGAGGGAAAGAAUUAAAAAAAAAAAAAAGGAACUGUGAAGUUUUUUUCUUAGCGAGUAAAUAUUCCGCGUGUAAAUCGAAUGACUUUUGUGUAAAGAGAUGAAUACAGUGUAUAGAAAUUUGCACAGGAGAAGAAAUUAUUUUUCAAAGGCACGUGUAUAUUUUUAAACUUUGUCGUGGGCCUUUCGUAGAAUAUGUUACGAACAAAUAUCGCGAAUGAAUUAAUCGAGUCAGUACGAAACACUGAAUUUUGUUAGGUCGUAUUGUAAUACGAUAUAUAUAUAUAUAAUUUAAUUUAGGGGAAAAAAGAUAACAAAAAAAGAAGAAAAGGAAAAAAGAAGACAAGAAACAUUCAGGAAGAAUGUGCGCAGAGUUUUCGAUUUUAUUAUACUUUAAAUACUGAUAUUAAAUAUAAAUGUUUUAUUUUCCAAAAUUUUCUCCUUCAAUUAUUAUUAAUCGUAAUCAACGCAUGAAUUUCACCGUGCAAUUUAGUGCUUUAUCGGUAACGACUAUGAUUGUACGAAUAUUAAAUAUAUUUCUACUUUGAUUAUGAAAAAUUAGUGUCUUAUUUGAACAAUCACAUCGAUGCUUUGUUCUUCCUGAAUAUGUUUUAGAGCAUCAAAUGGAAAGAACAAGAACCUCUAGACCUAGCCUUUAAUCCAACGAUAAUAAAUGUAAUCCAAAACAACACUGUAAACGAAAAAAGGAAAAAAAAAUGAAGAAAGAGUGUGGCGCAGAAUUCGCAGGAUCUAUAUGUGAUGUCUAAACAAAAGAACUGAAAGAAUCAAAGAAUAAAAAAGAUAUCACUAGUGAGAAACUGCGAGAAAAUCAACAGGAUCGGCCUACCUAAAAAAUUCUGCAGUUGUACAAGUCGUAUAAAGACAAAAUAAUUGCUAAGGUAAAUUAUAUAGAUUUUGUACUCUCCGAUAGUAAGAAGUUGAAAGAGAGUUAUAUAUAUAUUUAUAUAUAUAUAUAUAUAUAAAUAUAAUAGUAAUAAUGAUAUAUGAGCCCACGCAUGUGACCAGCGAUCGACACGAGUGAUAUAAAAUUUAUGAACUGUUCAACUUAUAGAAGAGGAACACCAGAUGUGUAAAAUUUCGCGAACACUGCAUCGAUACUGUACACAAUGUAUAUCUCUAUCACUUGUCGCGUAUGUUUCCUGCCAUAUUCUUAUUAUAAUAGACUCUAGGCGUUCAUGGAUGUGUAUUUUAAUAUAGAAUCUUGUGAUACUACAUUUCUAAUUAUACACUUAAAAAUUUUGGGGAUUUCAUUCAUUAAAAAUUACACAUACCACGUUAUUAUUUUUGUAAAAUAUACCAUUCAUUCGAUGUUACCUGUCUACAUAUAUAUAUACAUACUGUGCAUAUUCACGAAUAGAAUUGAAAUUUCCGUAUUUGGAUCGUCCACAGCUAUCGAUUUGUCAAAAAGAAAAAAACACGCAGAUGCUUAUACACGCGUAUAUAUAACAUUUUAAUUUUAUAGAAAAAGAAGGAUAAUAUUAUAUAUAAUUUUAUAAAAUUAGACUGUUCAAGCCCACACGUCGCGGAUAAUUACGUAUUAUUACGACAGGAAUCGUACGCGUCAUGUGUUCGACCAAGAAAAGAAAUAAUCAUCGGAAAUAAACGUUCUAUGGAAACGAAAA